AUGCAAUUGAUUGUUAUGAUAAAGCAAUCCAACUAGAUCCUAAUUAUGCAAUAGCCUAUUUCAAUAAAGGUUAAUCAAUUUAUUUGAUUUUAAUAGGCAAUUCAUUAAGCAAUCUACAAAAAUAUAAGGAUGCAAUUGAUUGUUAUGAUAAAGCAAUCCAACUAGAUCCUAAUUAUGCAAUAGCCUAUAAUAAUAAAGGUUAAUUAAUUUAUUUAAUUUUAAUAGGUUAUUUACUAAACAAUCUACAAAAAUAUAAGGAUGCAAUUGAUUGUUAUGAUAAAGCAAUCCAACUAGAUCCUAAUUAUGCAAUAGCCUAUUUCAAUAAAGGUUAAUCAAUUUAUUUGAUUUUAAUAGGCAAUUCAUUAAGCAAUCUACAAAAAUAUAACGAUGCAAUUGAUUGUUAUGAUAAAGCAAUCCAACUAGAUCCUAAUGAUGCAAUAGCCUAUUUCAAUAAAGGUUAAUCAAUUUAUUUAAUUUUAAUAGGCUAUUUAUUAACGUAAUUGAAGAAAUAUUAAUAAGCCAAAAAUAAUUAUGAGCAAGCAGUUUUAUAUUGCAAAUUAGAAUAAAAUGAGUUUAGACAAUUAAUUAAGGAAUUAAAUAAUAUGAAAUGA